UUGGAUGACAGACUGCUGAGUUAUGUUUGGAGUUUCUGCACCGACUUCUCACACUAGAUUUACUCUCGAUCUCCACUUCCAACGGUCAUUUACAUCUCUAAUUCCGAGAACCCUAACUGCCAAACUUAAAACUCAUUCGAAAGCCCUCAGUUUGUAUUCAGUUUCGCUUUUUCCUUAUCUAAAAGAAAUCUGAAAAUGGCUUUUAUCUAAAAGAAAUCUGAAAAUGGCUUUAACACUUUCCUCUUCCUCCUAUUUCCUCUUUCUCUUCCUCUUCGUAACUCAUUCAUCUCUUCACUGUUUUUCUCUUCAAUAUUCAGCAUCAAAACCCGAUCACAACGAAAACCCAUAUCUCAAUUCAUACUCAAAAUCAAACAACAAUGGUGAUGAUUCACAGAAGAUGUUAUGGUGCGUUGCGAAGAACAACGCAGAAGAUUUAGCUCUUCAAACAUCAUUAGAUUGGGCUUGUGGUCCUGGUGGUGCUAAUUGUGGACCAAUUCAACAAGGUGGUCCUUGUUAUGAUCCUUCUAAUUUUCAAUCUACUGCUUCUUUUGCUUUCAAUGAUUACUUUCAGAAGAACAACAAAAGUGAACCAACUUGUGAUUUUGGUAACACUGCUGCCCUAACUUCCUUAGACCCAAGUUACGGGAACUGCAAAUUUCCAACAAGUGCUCAAGUAGUGGUAAAUGGGGGUUUCACUGGAACAGCACAGGGUAUGUCAUCAGGUCCCGUUACAGGUGAUACAAGCAACGGUCAGAUUGGUGGUAGCUGGGGCGGUCAAGGUUUAGUCAUAACCAUUCCUUUGUUACUAGUUGUUAUGUAAGAUUUUUAAGUAGAUGAUAGGCUGCUGUUAUUUUGAUGCUGCACCCCUUGCUAGUUGAUGUCCAGACCAGAUUAGGAUUUUGUAAUUUAUGUUCUUGGACUGGACAAACUCUACCCCUAGUUCUAUUGAAGUGUAAUGAAACGAAAAUCUACAAAUGAGAUGCUAUACGAAUUCCAGUCUAAUGGUCUUCCUUUGAAAUGUAAUAUUAUGUAAUGAAAUGAAAUGAAAUCAAUGAAUGAGAUGACUCAUUCCAA